GCCGGAAGCUGGGGCGGGGCGCCCGCGCGGGAUGCGGUGAAGGGCGAGCGGCGCGGCAGCGGCGAUGAGUGCCUCGGCGGCCACGGGGGUCUUCGUGCUGUCCCUCUCGGCCAUCCCAGUCACCUACGUCUUCAACCACCUGGCUGCCCAACACGAUUCCUGGACAAUUGUGGGGGCUGCUGCCGUUGUCCUGCUCCUGGUGGCCCUGCUGGCUCGUGUCCUGGUCAAAAGAAAACCCCCUCGGGACCCACUGUUCUAUGUGUAUGCGGUGUUCGGAUUUACCAGCGUCGUAAACCUCAUCAUAGGACUGGAGCAAGAUGGAAUCAUCGACGGGUUCAUGACGCACUACCUGAGAGAGGGUGAACCGUAUCUGAACACGGCCUAUGGACAUAUGAUCUGCUACUGGGACGGCUCUGCUCAUUAUCUGAUGUAUCUGGUGAUGGUGGCAGCCAUAGCCUGGGAGGAAAGUUAUAGAACCAUUGGCCUAUAUUGGGUCGGAUCUAUUAUUAUGAGCAUUGUUGUUUUUGUGCCAGGAAACAUUGUAGGGAAGUAUGGAACACGUAUUUGCCCUGCCUUUUUCUUAAGCAUACCAUAUACUUGUCUUCCUGUCUGGGCUGGUUUCAGAAUCUAUAAUCAGCCAUCAGAAAAUUAUAAUUAUCCCUCAAAGGUCAUUCAAGAGGUCCAAGCAAAAGACCUGCUGAGAAGACCUUUUGAUUUAAUGUUGGUUUUGUGUCUCCUUCUGGCGACUGGAUUUUGCGUGUUUAGAGGCUUGAUUGCCUUGGAUUGCCCAGCUGAGCUCUGCCGAUUAUAUACGCAAUUUCAGGAGCCGUACCUAAAGGAUCCUGCUGCUUAUCCUAAAAUCCAGAUGCUGGUGUAUCUGUUCUAUUCCGUCCCUUACUUUGUGAUCGCGCUUUAUGGCUUGGUGGUUCCCGGAUGCUUCUGGAUGCCCGAUAUAACCCUGAUACAUGCUGGAGGUCUAGCUCAGGCUCAGUUUUCUCACAUCGGUGCUUCUCUUCAUGCUAGAACUGCUUAUGUCUACAGAGUCCCUGAAGAAGCGAAAAUCAUUUUUUUAGCCUUAAACAUAGCAUAUGGAGUUCUUCCCCAGCUCCUGGCCUAUCGCUGUAUCUACAGACCCGAAUUCUUCAUAAAAACAAAGGCAGAUGAAAAAGUUGAAUAAAAACAUUGUUUUAUGUUCUUUCUCUCCAGAUGACUGACUUUUGCUAUCUUGGUACCUAUAUGUGGUCCCAUUCUUCUCGUACAGGAACAUUUACGAAUACAUCAAUUCUUGCUCUGUACUCUGUACCAUGGGAAUUAUGUGGGUAAAUCUUUUUUUGAAGGAAAGUUGAAGUUAUUCAGAAAGUCUGUUUAAAGAGAUACAUUUCAAGGUAUUUGUGAAUAAACAACCACCUAUCUCAAUAUUCUGUUUGCAUAUAUUAAAUAUAAGUGUGAAAAAUUACAAUUUAGCUCCUCUAAUAAUGAACAUGAAAAGGAAACUAUUUGAAAGUGAAAAUGGCCUAUGCAUAUUAAAAAUUUCAAACCAGCAAAUACAGAUUGGAGAAAUAUUUUUGCAUAUAAGAUGUAUAUGCUUUAUGAUCAACCUCAUUAUAAAAGACAAA